AUGUAUCACUUCCAGAAAAAUGCAAUCAUCACUGUAAAUUCUUGUUUUUGUCAGGGUAUUGACGCUUGUAUGCCAACCAUCGCAAAUCGUGCGCAUUUUUCUUUCCUUUUUGCACUUUCUCUCUAUGUUUCAUUUUUGAAGACUCAAAACGAAAAGGACAAGUGCACUAUUCGCUUGCUCGUUCACCAGUCCCAUGCUGGUGCACUGAUUGGCCGACAGGGAGGGAAAAUCAAGGAACUUCGUGACCGAACAAAUGCCAGAAUUAAAGUGUUUCAACAAUGCUGUCCUCAAUCAACUGACCGAAUUUGCAUGUUGUCUGGAGAUGAUCGCAAUGUGCUUGAUGCUGUUGAACAAAUUGUUGAGGAGCUGAAACAAAUCCCCAUCAAGGGCCCCGUCAACCCAUAUACCUCGUUUAACUAUGAUCCCGCUAUGGCUCCAGACUAUGGUGGCUUCUCCCCAGCUUUUCCUACCUCAGGACGUGGCGGCCCACCAAUCAGUCCAUUCUCAGGAGGUCCUCGACGUUCACUUGGUGCACCUCUUCCUCCAAUGCGUGGGGGUGGCGGACUUGGUGGUCCGGAUAUGCGAUAUGAUCGCGGAAUUGGAAGAGACUAUGAUGCUGGGCCAUAUGGCGGACCAAUCGGUGGUCCACCUCAGUAUGGUGGUGGUGGAGGGCUUUAUGGAGGUUAUCCUGGACAGAAUGCCAUCCAGACCACUCAGGUGAGUACGUUCUGCAAUUAUAGCGAUAAUUUGUUAUCAUUCUUUGAAUUUUGCUGAAU